AUGGGCUUUAGUGAUCCAAAUACUAAUAUUCAUAAUAACAAACCAUCACCACCUCCAUCCUAUCUGGAAUCCGUUACACAAAACCAUCCGAUUGUAUCCCAAUCACAAAUAACAAACCACAACGCCUCUCCCGGUCCUACUACUACUACUAACGUAACGGAUGAUCCAAAUCAUAACCCAAAUAGUCCUGCAAUUCAUCCACCAAAUCAACCCUACCAAAUUCCAGAUGUAUUACCAAAAUUACCACAACAACCAAUGAACACCAUGUAUUUCAAGCAAGAUCAGCAAGGUUCCUCGAAUAUGAACGCUUCUAUGGUUUCAACCACAACCAGUGAUGGAAUGGGAACAUCGUCUUACAUGAUGAUGAAUUCGCAACAUCAACAACCACCAAUGCCAGUUCAAUAUCCUUUGAUGAAUCAGCAACCACAGCCACCAAUUCUCCCACAACAGCCCAUUCAACCACAACAAAAGGUGGUUUAUCCAACAUUGGUGAAUACUCCUCCAAUGCAGCCACAUCAACAACCAGUUCUGCCACAACCCAUGCCACCUCAACGACCAUACGUACAACCCAUGAUGAUGAGUCAGCAACCACAACAACCAAUGGUCCACGUUCAGCCAAUACCUCAACCUAUUAUGGUGAGACCUCCAACUACGACGACAACAACCUAUGUAAGCCAAGUGAACUAUGUUCCUCCACAACAACCUGUUAUUAUGCAUCCUCCUCCUCCACAACCAGUGAUGGUUUCUCAGGUGCCCUUGAACAAAGGACGAACGGUUGUGACCACCACGACAACAGUCACACCAAAUCCAGUGCUAAUGCCUCAACCACCAACGGUCCAAAUUAUUCAUGGUAAACCACCAACAAUGCCUCCAGGAGCUAUGGGUUAUUCGACUUAUUAUCCUCAACAUGCUACUCCAGUUUCUCAAACCACUAUUUAUGUCCAACAAAAGAAAAAGAAGAGCUCUUUCGACAAAUUCAUGUUUGGAGAAUAG